AUGAGCCGCCAGCUUUCAACCGGCUUCGCGCGUGGCUUUGGCAACACUGCGGAAGUGGCGGCAGUGGAGAACGGAAAGUUGCCGUUGGACCUGUGCCCAAGUCCGGUCCUGACGCGGGCGCAAGCCGAUCUUUUGUACAUACAAGUCAUGAAGCAACAAGAGGUGCACAUGACACAGGAGAGCUUCAUGAGGGCCUUGGCGAUUGUUGGGCAGCAGUGCCUAGCAGGCAUGGAUCCUGCAGAAGCGCCUGAACUCCAUGAUAGCCAGGCCAGUCUUCUCAACUGGUUUUGCGAGUGGGCUUUGGUGCCCCUUGCAGACGCCCUGGGGAUCAGUCAGCAUGAUGUGCUGUGUGCGGCUGAGAUUUUACGUGACCCGGCCGUCUCGGCACUGCUUCGAAGCUGCCAGCGGGGGUUGGAUAUCGUGUUCGCCCGCUACGCCGCCGCGAGCCCGGCACCGCGAGAGCCGUACAGGAAGGGAUUCUGGACCGUGCAGUCAAUGCAGCGCUUCGCUGCGGAGUCAGAUCUCUCCGCUGAGUUGAGCCAUCAGUGCCUCCAGGGGAUUUUCUCUGGCUGCGUGCAAUAUGGCCUUGAGCGUCGAGGUGUUGCUGGGAAGAUGUCCUCCACUUGCUUUCGUUUGGCUUUGGUGGUGAUCGCUCAGCGUGUACAUAGUGCUCCUGGAUGUACACCCCUCAUGCGGGUGGCCAUGUUUAUGUUGCGGUUGAGCAUUUGCCGUGGAGCCUCCGACCUGGGGGUGGCCGCUCGUGCAGUGCUGGGAAAGCAGAAUGCCAAGAGAUUUUGA